AUGCAGCUUAUUUCCUUGACCAAAGUGGCCAUCCUCGGCAUGGCUGCACUCGCUGCCGCUCAUCCCGGUGCCCACGAGGUCAGCUCCAUGACACACGCAGAGAAGAGAUCAUUCCUGGUCAACGCCAAGCGCAGUCUCGGACAAUGCGCUGAUCGCCUCGAACGCCGCGGCGUCAGCGCUCGCAUCGAAGCCCGUCGCGCCGAGCAGUACGAGUUCUACCGCCGUCAAGCCCUCGCAACGCGCGCCUACAACCCGUCUGUCAAUGUCUCCCACCACUCUCCUCUCCAAGUCAACUCGGACGCCUCCGCGGACCAGCUCUUCGCCAAGGACCCCGUCUGCAUUCUCUCGCCCGAGGGCGAAAUCGGCCCGUUCUGGGUUCGGGGCGAGCUUGUUCGCUCGAACGUCCGGGACGGCGAGGCCGGUGUCCCCGUUAUCCUGGACGGCCAGUUCAUCGACGUCGAGACCUGCGAGCCUAUCAAGGAUCUGUACUGGGAUGUCUGGAACUGCAACUCCACUGGUGUUUACUCCGGCGUGCAGAGCGACAUGAACGGCAGCGGGUCCGGCGAUGCCUCCAACCUGAACAAGACCUUCUUGCGCGGUAUCCAGAAGACAGAUGAAGACGGCGUCGCCCAGUUCCAGUCUCUGUUCCCUGGUCACUACGAUGGUCGCGCUACGCACGUCCACGUCGUUGCGCAUGUAGGCGCGCACGAACUCGCCAACAAGACCGUCACUGGCGGCCACGUCGCGCACAUCGGACAGCUGUUCUUCGACCAGGACUUGAUUACCGAAGUCGAGGCUCUUUACCCUUAUAACACCAACACGGUCGAUAUUACCAAGAACGCCGACGACCACGUUGUCCAGGACGAGACUGAGGAUACGGCCUCCGAUCCAUUUUUCGAGUAUGCGCUGCUUGGAGAUAAAGUGCAGGAUGGGAUUUUUGCUUGGAUUACCCUCGGUGUUAAUGUCUCGCAGAGCUAUGAGACUAGCUAUGCUGCUUCUCUGACUGGGGCGGGUGGUGUCUCGAACUCGAACAGCCAGCCGGGUGGUGCUGUCGAUUUCUAG